AUGCCUUCUCCAGCACAGCUCGUGAGCGAGGACUCGUACUCCCUCCCAGGGAAGCUCAUUGUUACCGAUCUAUCUUUUGAGGUUCCUUUGAACCACGAUAACCCCGCAUCUACCAGGAUCCAUCUGUUUGGCCGCGCCGUCACGUAUAAUGACAGGCCGGCAGUAAAUCCGGGUGCCGCAGAUACUACUGGCAGCCCCGGUGACAAUAAACCAUGGCUGGUUUACUUGCACGGCGGACCGGGCUUCGGCAAUGGCCUUCCCCAGGAUAGCCCUCUCGUACGAGAGAACCUCCACCACUCCUAUAGGAUUCUACUUCUAGACUAUCGUGGAACUGGGCUCAGCACACCUGUGUCUGUAUCCACCAUUCCCGGUGACAGCACCGACGACAAGGUUGCGUAUCUUCGUCUUUUCAGACAGGACAGCAUUGUCAAGGAUCUCGAGGCUGUUCGCCUGUGUAUUACGGAAAAUGACCCACCGGAGUUGAAGCGCUGGGCCAUCUUUGGGCAGUCCUUCGGCGGUUUCGUGAGCACGACCUAUCUCUCCUUCUACCCGGAGGGUCUAAGGGAAGUGUUCCUCACCGGCGGCCUUCCGCCGGUAGGGGUAAAGCCUGAAAAAGUCUACGAGGCUACUUUCAAGAAACUGAUGCAGCGAAACCUCGCCUACUACACCAAGUUUCCCGACGAUCACGCCGUCGUCAACUACAUUGCGAACCACAUCCACAAGCAAGGCGGUGUUCAACUUCCUGGCGGUGGUGUCCUUACAGUUCCUAGGUUUCUCACUCUCGGUUUUUCGUUCGGCGCCCACGAUGGCUUCCAAGCUGUGCACUCGCUCCUAACGAGGGUGAGGUUGGAAAUCUCUCAAUUCGGGCACUUGACUCGUGCCUCUCUCUCUGCCAUGGAGCUGGAUGUGCCCUUUGAUAACAAUCCCAUCUAUGCUAUCCUCCACGAAGCUAUAUACUGCUACCAACCCGGCGUGGCCUCGAACUGGGCCGCUCUGAGAGCCGGCAGUCAGCUUGGCGUAUUCGAUUGGCUCUUGGAAGACUACGCCGGACCGUCCGCUCUCUCGGACCCUAACCCGACUCCUCUUUUCUUCUCCGGCGAGAUGAUCUUCCCCUUCCACUUCGACACAUACCCCGAACUCAUGUCCCUUAAGGAGGUCGCACAGAAACUAGCAGAGUACGACGAAUGGCCGACACUAUACGAUGAGGAACAGCUUACCCGAAACGAGGUCCCCGUCUACGCUGUCAGUUACGUUGAUGACAUGUACGUUGACUUUGACCUCGCCAGGGAAACGGCAAGGAAAAUCCGAGGUAUCAAGGUCUAUGAGACCAACGCACUUUAUCACAACGCCGUUCGGGCCAAGUCCGCAGAGGUGAUUUCCGCGUUGAUGAAGUUACGAGAGGAUACCUUGGAUUAA